AUGAACCGGAUACUGAAGAAGCUGGAGAUCGAGCAUGAAGGAGGCACGCUGCCAGACCCCUGGAUCAACUUCGACAUCAAGCCCAUCGAGGCUAGACGGAGGACAUGGUCGGCAUGGACAUUCACCACCUACUGGGUUCUCAUAAACUCCAACAUCUCCUCAUACAUGACUGGCAGCUCCCUGAUAGCACUGGGACUACAUUGGUGGCAGGCCAUCAUCGCCAUCGUCAUCGGUAAUCUGCUGGCGACUCUCUUCGUCGUGCUCAACUCCCUACCAGGAGCCUACUACCAUCUUGGCUUCCCGGUGGUCAACAGAUAUGUCUGGGGAAUGUACGGUAGCCAGUUUGUCAUCUGGAAUCGUAUCUUCCUGUCCAUCGUAAAUAGACUUGCUAACAGUGUUCCAGUAUGGUACGGCUUCCAGUCAUACAUUGGAGGACAGUGCGUCUACGUCUGUCUCAAGGCGAUAUGGCCGUCCCUUGAGCAGCGUAUACCAAACCACCUCUCCCCUUCAACAGGGAUAACUACCGCCCAGUUCGUCAGCUACAUUGUCUUCAUGGUCAUCUCCCUUCCGGUUGCAUACAUCCGCCCGCACAACCUGCGCAUGUUCUUCUACAUCUCCGCCUCUGUCGUUGUCGUUCUUGAAUUCGUCCUUCUCAUCUGGGCGUUGGCCACCAUGGGCCCUGCAGGGUUUGGCUCCACAAUCUCAGGCGGAGGGCCAGGGGAGCCAGUCAAGGAUGCUGGCUGGCUCGUUGUGUUUGGUAUCAUCAGUACAAUUGGCGCCAUAUCCGCCGGAAUCCUUAACCAAAAUGACUAUGCUAGGUUUGCAAGGAGGCCCAGAGACGCUAUUCUCGGACAAGUCAUCAGCUUCCCAAUCUCCAGCAUCAUUUGCUCUGUCAUCGGCGUGCUCGUCACUGCCGCAACGCAGAAGAGGUUUGGUGAAGCACACUGGGACCUGCCGUCUCUCAUUGGAGCUAUCAUCGACCACGGAGGAUCCAGAUCGAGAGCUGCUGCAUUCUUCGCGGGUGGUGCUCUCGUCAUUUCUCAGAUCGGCGUCAACAUCCCUGGAAACGCUCUUUCGGGAGGCUUUGACCUCGCGGCGACAUUCCCCAAAUACAUCAACAUCCGGCGCGGCGCAUACAUUACUAUCGCCCUCUCCAUAGCCUGUAACCCGUGGAAACUCGUCUCCACAGCCACUAUAUUCCUCAGCGUCCUGAGCAGUUACGCUGUUUUCCUGGGCCCUAUGACCGGCCUCAUGAUCUCGGCCUGGUUCAUCGUUCACAGACGGAAGCUCAAAGUCGAGGACCUCUACACUGGCAACCGCACCAGCAUCUACUGGUUUAGCCACGGCUUCAACUGGCGUGCUUUCAUUGCAUGGAUAUGCGGAACCGUUCCAUCCCUGCCGGGCUUUAUUGCAACGGUCAACACGGAUGUCCAUGUCCCCGUUGGCUUCACCCGUAUCUACCAGCUCUGUUUCCUGGUCGGCUUCCUAAUCAGUGCAUUCGUAUAUAGCGGGCUGCAUCUGCUUGUUCCCGACAGGAAGCUGCAGGAGUAUGUUUCGACUGCUGCUUCGCCUGCGGUCCUGAUACGGGAUUAUCGAGACAGCAUCGACAGAGGGCAGGGCCUUGUCGAAAACAAGAUUUUGUCCGAUGCAUAG